UCUGCCUUUCAACCAAUCAUUUCGCCCUACGGGGAGAGCGUCUCGUUACUUCAUUUAUAUUUAUGACUCAAGCCUUCACCGUAGUAUGUUACUAAAACGAUCAGGCUGACCGGGUGGAGAAUGCGGACAAGUGCACGGUUUCAAUCACCAUUUCUUUUCUAUAAUUAUUUUCUUUUUUUUUUACGUCCAGUAAUACGUUGAUUCGUUUGAUGAUGGAAAUGAAAGGGAAACUCUGAAACAAGUUAAUCUCAUCCUUACACGGAGAAGAGAGAGUUUCUUCCAGACUGUUUCGUUUAUCAACGCGGGAUUUUGUUGUGGAUACCGAGCCCGGUUUAACCUUGUGCCGCCAAUGACAAGUUCAGCACCGCACAACCUCCAUCUCACUUUUACACGAGCACCAUGGAGGUUUGGGAAUCACUGAAGAGGACAGAUGUCUCGUUUCUUUUCAGCUUCCGAGUCCUUCAGCAUCAGUGUCUGUUGAAGCCGGUUUAACCUGUACUCACGUGUCAAGCGUAUCGGAUUAAAAUAGUUUAAAACAUCUUUGCUGAAAUAUUCUUCCUGGACUAAGAAAAAUAAAUUAAAUCCUGAAAAUCCAAGAUGACAUCAGAGAGCUUCCAACUGUCAUUAAGUGAGCUUCCCAUGGACAACUGGAUGGCCCAUCUGCCCAGUGCACUGUGGGAUACCCCUCUCUGUUACAUGGCCAUUCCUGGGAGCCAUAAUGCCAUAACCUACUGUCUGGAUAAGAAUGACCGGUCUCCAGUGGACCUCACUCAACCGGAUAUGUUGCAAAAGCUGGACAAAUACAUGAAGCCCAUCAUAAGGCCAUUUGUAUACAAGUGGGCAAUAGCACAGGACUGUAGCAUUAGGGAGCAGUUGGAUUCUGGUGUGCGAUACUGUGACCUGAGGAUAGCACAUAGGCCUAAUGACAGCUCAAAUGAUCUUUACUUCUACCAUGGUGUUUAUACCACUAUAACUGUGGAGAUGGUGUUAAAAGAGAUCGGAGAGUGGUUGGAUGUACAUCCAAAGGAAGUAGUCAUACUCUCAUUUAGCCACUUCCUGGGCCUUAGUCAAGAGCUUCACACACUGCUUGUCUCAACUAUAAAGAGUGUUUUUGAUUCCAAACUGUGCCCCAAAAUGGAGUGUGUGACACUACGGAAAUUAUGGAGCCAGGGUCAUCAAGUUAUCGUUUCAUACGAACACCAUAUUGCCAACUGCCACAGAGAAUUGUGGUUCCAGAUACCUUAUUGGUGGGCAAACAAGUGCAAGGCUGAAGCAUUGAUCGAGGAAUUUGAACAUAGGAAGCAAUAUGGCCGACCAGGCGGCUUCUUUGUGACUGGAAUCAAUCUUACUGAAGAUCUGAAGUACAUAUGCUCCCAUCCCACAGAAUCCCUGAAGGAUAUGGUGAUGUCUACAUAUCCCACGUUACUUAGCUGGGUCAAGCAACAGAAACCUGGCUCUAACACCGGUUCCCUUAACAUCAUAGCCGGGGACUUUGUGACAGAGAGCCAGUUCAUACCAAUCGUCAUUGCACUGAACGAAAAUCUUCUCAAGAGGACCACAAUACCAGAGCCUUGAGCCUCUAUUAGCUGCAUAAUGCAUUUAAUAUUUCGAGAGAGAAGUGUUACUUGUUGUUGUGGUGGUUCUUUUAUACUGGUCAAUUUUGCACUUUUUGUAAGGGUGCUUACACACUAGAGUUUAUGCUAUGUCAGCUCCAUUCAUUUCACUAGGGAUGAUGGUGCAUUGCAAGGACGUAGAGGAAACACACAAGGGUUUGUAAAACCAAUGCGCCAUCAUGCAACCUUAAGCACUUAACAUACCCUCAAAAAGGAUGACUUGCACUUUCCUGCCCGCCAAAUGCUCCGACAGAGCAGUUUCUAGUGUGCAAGCACCCUGAGGAUGAUAGAUCAUUUUGAGUUAUUGGUAGAAUAUUAUAAUGCACUGACUUGUAUGACUUGAACUUAUUGUCUUAAGCUUAUUUAUGAGUCUCUGAUAUAUACCUCUGAU